UGUUUGUUUGUGUGUGUUUGAGUAUGUAUCUGUUUGUGUACUUGUUUGUGUGUGUUUGUGUACUUGCUUGUGUGUGUGUUUAUGUUCUUAUUUGUGCGUGUUUGUCUGUGUUGUGUUUGUGUGUGUUUGAGUAUGUAUCUGUUUGUGUACUUGUUUGUGUGUGUUUGUGUACUUGCUUGUGUGUGUGUUUAUGUUCUUAUUUGUGCGUGUUUGUCUGUGUUGUGUUUGUGUGUGUUUGAGUAUGUAUCUGUUUGUGUACUUGUUUGUGUGUGUUUGUGUACUUGCUUGUGUGUGUGUUUAUGUUCUUAUUUGUGCGUGUUUGUCUGUGUUGUGUUUGUGUGUGUUUGAGUAUGUAUCUGUUUGUGUACUUGUUUGUGUGUGUUUGUGUACUUGCUUGUGUGUGUGUUUAUGUUCUUAUUUGUGCGAGUUUGUCUGUGUUGUGUUUGUGUGAUUUGUGUUUGUCUGUGUCUGUGCGUGUGUGUCUUUGAAAGUGUUUGUGUGUGUCUGUGUGUGUGAAUGUGCGUGUGUGUGUAUAAGAGUGAGUGUGUAUGCGUGUGUUUGAGUAUUUUUCUGUGUGUGUUUAUGUUCUUAUUUGUGCGUGUUUGUCUGUGUUGUGUUUGUGUGUGUUUGAGUAUGUAUCUGUUUGUGUACUUGUUUGUGUGUGUUUGUGUACUUGCUUGUGUGUGUGUUUAUGUUCUUAUUUGUGCGUGUUUGUCUGUGUUGUGUUUGUGUGUGUUUGAGUAUGUAUCUGUUUGUGUACUUGUUUGUGUGUGUUUGUGUACUUGCUUGUGUGUGUGUUUAUGUUCUUAUUUGUGCGUGUUUGUGUACUUGCUUGUGUGUGUGUUUAUGUUCUUAUUUGUGCGUGUUUGUCUGUGUUGUGUUUGUGUGUGUUUGAGUAUGUAUCUGUUUGUGUACUUGUUUGUGUGUGUUUGUGUACUUGCUUGUGUGUGUGUUUAUGUUCUUAUUUGUGCGAGUUUGUCUGUGUGUGUUAGUCUCUGUGUGUGUGUGUUUAUGUUCUUAUUUGUGCGUGUUUGUGUACUUGCUUGUGUGUGUGUUUAUGUUCUUAUUUGUGCGAGUUUGUCUGUGUUGUGUUUGUGUGUGUUUGAGUAUGUAUCUGUUUGUGUACUUGUUUGUGUGUGUUUGUGUACUUGCUUGUGUGUGUGUUUAUGUUCUUAUUUGUGCGAGUUUGUCUGUGUGUGUUAGUCUCUGUGUGUGUGUGUUUAUGUUCUUAUUUGUGCGUGUUUGUGUACUUGCUUGUGUGUGUGUUUAUGUUCUUAUUUGUGCGUGUUUGUCUGUGUUGUUUGUUUGUGUGUGUUUGAGUAUUUAUCUGUGUGUGUUUAUGUUCUUAUUUGUGCGUGUUUGUGUACUUGCUUGUGUGUGUGUUUAUGUUCUUAUUUGUGCGUGUUUGUCUGUGUUGUUUGUUUGUGUGUGUUUGAGUAUUUAUCUGUGUGUGUUUGUCUGUUUGUGUGCGUGACCGUUUGUGUGCCUGCGCGUCCCUGAGUGCAUACGUGCCCGCGCGUGCCUGCGCGUGCCUGCGCGUGCCCGCGCGUGCUUUGACUUCCUGUCCCACCUGUUAUGCAGGUAUCAAACAUGGCGGACAAAAACAGACUAACGACAUAAAUCAUCAGAAACUUCUAUUGAAAUAUCUGUUAAUAUUCCUCAUAUGUGCCGGCAGAUGAGCCGUUAUUCAUCAUGGAGUCCAACACGAGAGUUUUAUCCGGGAUAUUCGUCGCUUUCGUUGUGUUGAAUCAGGUGUGUUGUAUUGAAGUGAACACGCCGACAGAGAUCAGCGCAGUUAAAGGAGCGAACGUCACGCUCUCCUGCACCUUCAGCUCGUCCAGUCGCGUCACCAGCCUCAUGUCUGUGGACUGGAGCUUCACACCCAAGAGCGGCGGUCCUGCUAAAAUGUUUUUUCACUUCUCGUCUCAAGUGUACCCGCCAGUGGAGGAUCAUUUCAAGGGACGUGUGAAGUGGGUCGGCAGGCCAUCAAAAGGCGAAGCGUCAAUCGAGCUUCUGAGCGCAUCACUCACUGAUAACGGCACAUACACCUGCGCUGUACGCAACCCACCUGAUAUCCAAGGCCGUCCCGCUCACACCAUCCUCACCGUAACGCCAAAGAGGCCGUCGGUGGCGUUCACUGAUGUGGCCGUGUUGCUGGCGUUCGUUCUGGUUCCGUCAGCGCUCGUCUCGCUGCUGCUGUUGGGCAGAACCGUCUGUCCGUGUUGGUCUGAAUCAGAGAGGCGAGCAGCGACUCAUCACUCGCCCAUCGAGGUGAUCGCUAGUGAUGAGAAUCUCUACAAACAGCCGCUGCAGAAAGAGACUCAGUGCUGCUGUUACUUUAAGGACUCUGAGGACAGCUACAUACUAUACGGCAAACCACACGCACACGAGUCACUGUGUUAGACACACCUCUGUGUGUGUGUGUGAGAGUGUGUGUGUGUGUGUGUGUGUGUGUGUGUCAUCUGCUGAUCAUCUUGUGUAAUGAAACGUAUUUAUGACUGUGUUACUGUAAUCGAUGAAUAAAUUCCCCUUUUGAGAAGCGAGCAGAGAUCUGAAGAACUGAUGUCAGAUCAGUGAAUCACACAGCGAGUCACAUGAUCAACCACUGGACCGUUUGCACAUUUACACACACAUAAAGAUGCUUUUGGAUGUAUAGAGUAUAUGUUAUUAUAUAUGAGAGAUGACACAUUGUGAUCUGAAGCGCAUGACACUCUUAUAGAAACACUUUAGCAUUUCCUGCUGUCAAUGUUCAUUUGUAUCAUUAUAAAUAUCAGUUUGAUUAGAGAGAAACAGUGUCUCAUAAAUCUUCAUGCUGUAAACAGACUUGUGUUAAAUGCACAUCUCUAUAGUGCUGAUGAAAUAUCUCAAGAGAAUUUAAAGUUUUAUUUUUGUACUCUGGAGUUUGUGGCCAAACAGGGUGUUUUUGGUUUUCACUGUUUAGAUGUUCAGGUCACAUGUAUUAGAAUAUUAACAGCAUUAACUGAACAUAAAUAAACCUUUAAAUAAAACAUGUGCAUCUGAU